AUGGCGACGAUAUUUACGAAGGAGGAGUUGGAGGACUUGGCGUGCGUGGACCUCGACGACGACUUUCUGGAGCGGAGUGUGCGCAGUCAGACGUUUGACGCGGAGCUAAGCCGCCGGGUGGCCCAAUCGGCGUGUGCGGACUUUGUCCAGACUUUCCUUGGCGACGACGCGGUGCCCUCGCUGCACCUGCAUAUGCAGGAGUGCGACGGCGCCCUUGCCGGGAUUGAGCGCGUGCUGGAGCGCUUCAUUGUCAACCUGGAGUCGAUUCAGCACGACAUUGGCGACGUGCGUGAGCGGCUGAAGCGGAUUGGGCUCAGCCUCACCAACAGGAGGAAGGUGGAGCGGGCGGUGUGGGGUGUUGUGUCGCGCCUCAUCGUGCCCCCCGAGGUAGUGCGCAUUAUUGUCUACUGCAACGACGAGGAGCUCGGCCCGCAGUUAAAGCUUAGCCUGCAGCAGCUGCUGAUGUUCCUGCGCUACCGCAAGGAGGGAAGCUGCCGGGUUGAGUUGGGCGCCGCGACGCGGAUUUCCCUUGCCGCGUGCAAGAUGUACGCCGAGCAGACGGAGGUGCUUGACCGUCUCACUGUUCACGCUUGCGUGAAGACGAAGCGGUUUCUCUCCAGGAAGUUGGCGUACCUUAACGUGAAGAACACCAAUGUGUACAUUCAACAAGAGCAUGUCUUAAAGCCCUACGCGUUUUAUGUGCAUUUCCUUCGCUCCGCCGCCUCCCUCCUGCGUCGCCAGCAGGGAGGUGGCGAGGCCGACCGCGAAGCGACGGAGCUUCUGCCUUUUCGUAUAGCCAAGACUUUGUAUGAUGAGCUGCGUGGUGAGUAUUGUGCGAUCAUGUCGCAGUUGUACCUGGACCGCUUCCGGCACUAUGUCAUGGCGCUGAAUGCGACGGAGAAAUCCACGCAAACCGUGUACGCCGGCGCCGCGCAGGUCGCGUAUGUUCUGCCUUUGCUCAUUGAGUCGCAGGAGGCGACACCGGCGUCCACGUUUGCAUUGGGCGAACGGGCGGGCAUCCUGAACCAGGUGCUCGCCCCGCCCUUGGUGCCCCUGGUGGAGCGCGCAAAGCAGCGGUUGCACUUCUACGAAGAGACAUUUCGCUCGCUGAAUAUGCUGUUGUGCGACGCCGUGACACAUGAGUUUCUCUUCACAUUUACGUUCUUUGCUGGUGAGAUGCCCGUCUUUGUGGACGUCUUUAAACCCACCAUUCAGUUCCUUGUGGACUACGUGGCGGAGGUGCUGCUGGGCCAAAACGGUGGCUGCGUGCGACGUCUGAUGCGUGAUAACUUUCCACAGGCGUCCGUCAACCCGAAUUGCCGCUACGACUGCUACGGUCUGCUGCUGCUUGUUCGCCUCUGUCAUGACUUUCGCUCGCUGAUGAAGAAUGUACGGCGGCUCAGCUGCCUCGAAGGCUUCUACGACUCCCUGCUGCUACUCUUCUGGCCAGCGUUCCAGCGGACGUAUGAGCGACAGAUGCUUUCGCUGCGGUCGGCGGACGUCGUGAGCCUCUCGCGUGUUAUUUUGCGUUCGCCGGGUGGCCACGCUUGUGGGUGGGUGAAAUGUGUCCAUCCACUGAGCCAACACUAUGCGGGGUUUGUCCUCUCUCUCGUGACGAUUAGCGCCGGCUGCGGCUUCGAGGCGACCACUGACGACGACGACGACGACGGCGGCGGCGGACCAGCGCGCUCGUUUAGCUCGGUGGAUGGCGUGGGUGGGGCCGCCGCGAAGGCCCGCCCCGCGCAAGAGAUGAAUUUUUCCGAACUGCGGCGUCUCGCGUGGCGCGUCAUUGAGGCGGAGCGUGCGUCUGACGCGGCGGACAGCGCCUCCCGCUUUGCGGUGCUGACCGGAAAUCUCGCCUUUAUGCGGGUGGAGAUUCUGCGCCUGCUGCGGGAGAUGGGGCAACACGUGGCUGCGAGUGACCCGAAGCACCCGGAGACCCAUGAGGUGCGCAUUCUUGCCUUCCUACUGAACAACGUUCGCGCCAUCCUGCGUCCGUGGAGCGAGUUUCUUGCGGACAACAGCUCUCCCUCGCUGGAGGAGGACUAUCGAGUGCUGGGAGAACUCGAGCGGGUACACAAAAGUGGCUUUGUGGACGCGCUGCUGCGGAUGCACUUCCCGCUCCUCUACCAGGUCGCGCGGCAGGAGGAGGACUUCGCGGAGAAGCACCCGGAGAAGUUGUUGGAGGCCGCGGACGCCUUCACGCGGAAUUGGAAGCGUGAACUUGACGACGGCUGCGGGGCGGUGCGCGCGAUGAUUGCGGACCCUGUGCACGAGGGGGAGCUGCUGGCGCAAGUCUGCAUGGAGGUGCUGCUGUGCAACACGCGUCUGCACGGCUGCGUGUCGCGGGUGUUGAUGGCGGCAGCCGCCCCUUCCCCCGCCGCUGCCUCGGACGCGGAAGGCGUUAGCCGCCCCAUUCGCUCCUUUAUUGUAACAAACCAGCAGAUGCUGCAGCACAUGCGAACACUUGCAACGAUGCCGGAGGACGAGGAGGAAGUGGUGACGCGUACGACGGCCGGAGCGGGGUAG